AAAGACGUACCAGGCCGAUGACCUCAUGAGUGUCUACACAGGUUACUGGUUGUUGGGUUAUGUGGUUGCAAUUAUUUUGAGUCAAACACGUUUAUUUAUGUAGCUAGUUAGCGACUCAUUUGUUUCAGGUAUGGCUUCACUCAAAAUAUGGGCAUCAAAGAGUUGCAUUUACGGAUUUCUUCACCAACACGUCAUGCAAAGGUGUUUGCCGGCAGCGUCUGCGUUUCACUCAUCAGCGUGUCAGCACAACUCGAAUAGGACAUCGAUAGUGCGCUGUGGCAGACAGAAAUAUGGGAGAAUGUAUCCAGUUUUACUCGUGCGUCCCGACGGCUCCACCAUUAACAUCAGGUACAACGAGCCCAGGAGGAUACUUACGAUGCCAGUUGACAUCACUAUGCUCUCAGAGGAAGAAAGGAAAGCUAGGUUACGGAAACGGGAUCCGAAAAGGACAGUCACCAGGGUAAAGGAUGAGUUCGAGGACGAUUUCAAAGUUGACGAUUACAGCAAGUUCUGGAAAAAGUGACAGCUGUAGCUGCUGAACUUCUCAAUCAAAACAUACGGAUUUUUUUCUGCGUUCCAUGUUCUGUAUUUACACAUGCAGAUUGAUGAGUAUGUAUA